AUGCAGGGGCAUCCUGUAUUACUGAAUAGAGCACCCACUCUGCAUAAACUGGGCAUACAGGCAUUGCAGCCCGUUUUGGUUGAGGGGCGUGCUAUUUGUUUACAUCCAUUAGUUUGUAAGGGAUUCAAUGCAGAUUUUGAUGGGGAUCAAAUGGCUGUGCCGAAUGAAAGCAAAGUUAAAGCAAAGUUUCAUGUUCGGAGGAUUUUCCUUGUUUUCAUCCUAUCGUAUAAUAAAAUGAUUCCAGUAAAUAGCAGAAUCGUGGAUAGGGAACUAUACGAGCGGCCUACCCCAAUGCGAUCGUUUUUUUGGCCUCUUAUUGAGUAUAUUGGUGAUAUUGAUGAUAGUGACCCUAUUGAUGUUAGUGACCUUGAGAUGGUGAAGAAGGUAUCCGCAGUAACUGGUUUUAUUAUGGGACAGCUCGUGAUGUUCAUCUCGAUCUAUUAUGCGCCUCUGCAUCUAGCUUUGGGUAGACCUCAUACAAUAACUUUCCUAGGUCUACUUCGUGGUGGACUUGAUUUUACCAAAGAUUAUGAGAACGUGAACUCCCAGCCUUCUCUAACCGGUUUUUGA